GCCCCUGAAAAAAGGGAACACUAUAAAGCCCCUGGUACCCGGCAAAUAUAAUUGCUUGCGUGGAAGCUUCGGCAAGAGAAAGAGGCUACUUCUAGCCUCCACAAAAUCAGACAAUGUCUCAUUGGCGAGAUCAAGGACCUCUGGACUGCAAAUUGUACGUCGGGGAUCUUGGAUCCGGAGCGGCUAAACACGAACUAGAGAGGGCCUUCGAGAGCUAUGGGCCAAUCGUCAACGUCUGGGUCGCUCGAAACCCAGCAGGAUUUGCCUUCGUUGAGUUCCAAGACCCGAGGGACGCUGAAGAUGCUGCGAGAGGGCUCGAUGGAAGAAAGAUAUGUGGACAACGUGUCCGAGUAGAGAUGGCUAGCGGGAGGAGGCGGAGUUCCCGAGGUGGAUAUGGAGGGGGGCCACCCCGAUCCCGCUACGGUGGUGGCGGUGGUGGCGGUGGCGGAAGAUAUGGAUCUCCACCACGGAAUUAUCGCUCUCGCAGUCACAGUCGAGAGAGAAAGCCUCGCCGUAGUCGCCGGUCACGCUCUAGAUCACGUGACCGCUCCCGUAAAUCCAGGUCGCGGUCUAUUGAACGAUCUCACAGCUCACGAUCGGGUGGGCACAGAUCAAAAUCCCAUGAUCGAAGAUCCAGAUCCCGUGAUCGAAGAUCCAGAUCAGGUGAUCGAAGAUCCAGAUCAGGUGAUCGAAGAUCAGGGUCUGGUGAUCGCAUGUCCAGGUCAGGUGAUCGCAGAUCCGUGUCAGGCGAUCGCAGAUCACGAUCAGGUGACCGCAGAUCAAGGUCACCUGACCGCAGAUCCAAGUCAGGUGAGCGGAAGUCUAGGUCAGCGGAGCGAAGGUCAGGGUCAAAGGAUCAUCGGUCGAGGUCGCGAUCUGGAUCUCAUCGUGGACGUUCAAGGUCACACUCGAGGAAUAGGUCGCGAAGCUGCUCUAAAGAUCGCAAAGAGAGAUCGUCGCGAUCUCGAAGUCCCAAAUGUGCCUCACCUUCAGUGGAUCCUCAUCAGAGCGACAAUGAGCAGCCUGAAAACACUGAUCACCAUGGCAACAACGAUCACAAUGACAGCAACGACAACAGACUCCCCGAAGAAAACCAGGGGCAGAUUGAGGGUGAUGUUCCAAUGGAUAGCCCCCCUGAGCAAGAGGUUGAACAAACUGAAGUGCCUGAGCAGGUAGCGGAGUAGAGCUCAGGGUUGCAACCUCGUUAUUACAAGGGCCCUGAACGUUAUUACAAGGGCCCUGCAAAAUUGCACAACCAUGGGAAUAAAGUUGUCUGGUGGAUACUAUGUGCAAGUGCAAAAAUAUAACUCAAUGUGGGUGCAAGUGCAAAAAUAUAACUCGUCUCCAAAAUUUAAUAUUCAUUGAUUUUGUUGUCCGUUGUACAACUCGCCUACUUGUGGACACCCUGUUGUUUAAAUUGAAAACAGCAGUUUCAUGCAAGAUACAACGAUAACGCACUGACAACAAAUUAAUAAAUUAAGGCAGUGGAAACAAAGAGUAAAGUUGUUUCAAGUUUUCCUCUACGUAAGUGUAGAUCAAGAUAUUUUUUGUGUUGGGUUUGUUUGUUUGUUUUUUUUCUCCCCUGUGAUCAUGUACCCUGUAAGUUUUGUCGAGCUAAUUUUCAACCAUCCACGAGUGUAAAUCUUGUGCUUAUGAAGUACCGCUUCUUCAGCAAUAAUGAUAAUAGUAAACAUUUCUAUGGCGCUCUACAAUGAAGAAGAAAAACAAAAUAACAUAGGUAGAAAACAUAGCAAAAGAAAACUACACUAGUCGCACUCAGUGGCCUGGCGGUUAUGAGCACUGGAUUCAAGCUCUGGUGUUUGAUUAGCAGAGUGUGGGUUUGAAUCCCGGUCGUGACACUUGCUCCGUAAA